GGAAAUAUGGGCACACUGUGAAACAGUAUAGCCCUUCAGGUAAACUUCUGCAGAUCUUGGGCACACCAGGUAACGCUGGUUCAAGUUUGAUUCCCCUACAAUUUGAUCAACCAGCAGAGGUCUUUGUGGAGGAAAGUGGAGAUAUGUAUGUUGUGGAUGGAGAUGGAGGAAUGAAUAACCGAUUGCUCAAACUAUCUAACGAUUACAAAGAGAUCUGGCUGACUGGAACAAAUGGCACCGGCAUUGGUCAGUUCAAGAUUCCUCACAGUGUAACAGUGGAUUCUGUUGGACGGGUGUGGGUGGCAGACAGAGAUAACAAAAGAAUCCAAGUUUUUGAUAAAGUCACGGGGGAAUGGCUUGGGUCUUGGAACGACUGUUUUUCAGAAGACGGACCCUAUUCUGUCAGAUUUACUGCCGAUUACAAAUAUCUGAUUGUAGCUCAGCUGAACAUGAACCGGUUAGCAAUCCUGGCAGCACCACUGGUUGGCUCUAUUGGGGACUGUGUUAUGGUCAGCACAGUCCAGCUGGCGGACGAAACAAAACCACACCUUGUGGAUGUAGACAUGAAGAGUGGAGCAGUCUAUGUCGCAGAGAUUGGAGCCCAGCAAGUACAAAAAUACGUACCCUUAAGCUGA